AUGGGGGAAGGCGGCAGGCACUCACCCGGCGCAAGGGCCACCGUCGACGGCCACCCGAGUGUGGAUGGUGGCGGGCACACGGGCGGCGGCAGCGGUGACCAGACGGGCAGUGACGGCGGCGACCAUACGGGUGUCGAGGGCGGCCACGCGACCGGUGCCAGGGGCGCCGUCGGCGGCCACACCGGCGUGGGUGGCGACCAUGGAAGUGGAGUCACCGAGUUCACGUGCGGUGGCUUCGUGGUGGGGCUGACCUCCCGCCACACCAUGACUGACGGCCUGGGCGCUGGGCAGUUCAGAGCCGGUCGCCCCGCUGAUGGGCGGCCUGGGGGCCGGCCGCCCCGCUGA